AUGGCAAGCGUUAAAGCCACCUUGCCCACCCUCCCGACCCUCCCCAAUUUGUCAGAAAACCCCACAGAAAAAAUAUAUCAGCUAGCAAACAUCAUUAUUGAAGCAAUUAAUCAAGGAAAAAGCGUCACAGCACCCAACAAGAAAUUAAUAGUAGAAGCAGCAGAAGCUAUUAAGAGCACUACGAUAAGAAUCACAUCGAGCAAUAGUGAGAAAAGCUCUCAGGACACCCCUAACCCCCUAACCCCAAACCCCACUAUUCAGGAAGACACCCUCAGACGGGUUUUUAGGGAGGAGCUUGAGGCGUUCCAUACCCUCUCUACUCCCUCCAAGGCCCCCACAUAUGCCUCUUUGACCGCCAAGACCCCCACUAAACCAGCCAUUCUUGUCAAGACCCCAACCCCCGACGGCGACAACGCCAAACCAGCUAUACAGACUCUGAGAGAACAAAUCUCAUUUAAAGAUAAGAACUUCGCCCCUAGCAAAAUAACCCAGAUUACAAAAGACAAACUUAUAAUAGAAGUUGAAAACCCACAACAACAGAAAGAAACAUUAGAGUACAUUAACCAGUUCGAACACCUGCAAGCCUCUAUACCAAAGAAACGUAAACCACUAAUUAUUGCAAAGGGAAUCCAUAGCCGAAUAAAAAGAGAAGAACUUAUACAAAUCAUUACAACACAAAACACUCUCCCAACAGAAUCAAUCAGGCUGUGCUACUUGACUAACAACAGGAACCCUAAACUAUACAACGCCGUACUAGAAGUCGACCCCUCUGUUUACGCCCGUAUCAUCGGACUAGAGAGGAUCGCUGUUGACUUGCAACGAGUGCACGUAGCCCCCCAAACAAGAUUUAUACAGUGCCACUCGUGCCUCCAAUUUGGACACACGAAAAACAAGUGCACAUCCAAAACUAAACCGUGCGCACACUGUGCAUCCCCCGACCACCAGAUUGACACCUGUCCAACCAAGAACGCUCCAGAGUCAGCCUGCUGUUACAACUGUGCAGGCAAAGGCCAAAUAAGGAACAUCCAAGACACACAACUCAACCUAAACCACUCCGCAACCGACCAUAAGCUGUGCCCUAGAAUAAGGGCAGCCAAAAACAGAAUAGAAGAAGCCACUGACUUUGGAUAUUAAACAGAAACGAAAUUCCUCCAAAUAAACCUCAUGAAGAGCUACCGCGCGCACCACGAAUUCAUUGAAUAUCCAUCACAUUAACAAAUUCUUCCCAGAACUUAGAACAAUUAAGAAAAUUUACAGAAAAAAAUAGCACCGAAAUUUGAAACUACUCAACUUAUAACCUAGCAUACAACCCAUGAAACACCUAAUAGAACACCAAAAUUUUACAAAUCAAGAAACGAACAUGAAGAAGUAGCCAGGAUCUACAAGAUAGACCCAUAUGACCUCAAUCAAAUUCAUCACCGAGACUCCACCAUCAAGACAUUAGCAAACCAUUUACACAGCAUACUAACUAACUUGAAAAAAUUUAACCUACAAUUGUAACUAGAUUAAUAAUUAAGUGAUUAUAAAAUAAACGCCACUGUAUCAAAUCGCAGAGGCAACAAAACUGUAAAAUCAAAGACAAUUGCUUAUGUAAAACUCCGAUAUAUAUUAUGUAAGAAACUCUGUAAUAAUGCUCGAUAAUAAAUUCCUCCCGGAUGUCGUGUAGCAUCCAGGAG